GGGAAGAGAGAGAGAGAGAGAGAGGGGCUCGGGAAGUGAGCGCUUAGCAGAGGCAGCUCAAAAUGCCCAGUUGCCACCCCACCCAAUGCUCAGUUGCCAACAAGCCCUUCUUCCUCAUCACCUUCCCUUCCCCCUUAAUUAGGGUUUGCUGACUCAGGCCAUCUGAGCUUACGCUUCAUACCUUCAGUCUACUAUGAUUCGUCCGACCCCUUUCUCGUGGGAACGCUUUGAGAGUUCUGGCUCAUGUUCUUGUUCUGUUGAACAACUAUUCCAGGUGUUGUGGGUCAGGGGCUUUUAAAGGAACCAUUUAGUUCGCCUUUCUAGCUAUCACUUGGGUGAUUAAAUAUGCAGACACCGAAAGCAAGAGCUGGUUCUUCAGAAGUACCCCAAAAGAAAUCUCCAGCAACACCCCGGACUGCUCGACAAUUGAAGACACCAGGAUCUGAUCCUGACUCGCUCCCAUCCUCUCCAAAUCCUGUGAGCAAGUCUUCAAAAGAUAGGAGUCCAAAGGUUGUCGAACGCAAAUCACCCCGGAGUCCAAUGUCUGAGAAGAAGCGACCUAGUAGAGUCCAGGAAUUGGAGUCUCAGCUUGCUCAACUCCAAGAAGAUUUGAAGAGAUAUCAGGAGCAACUGAAAUCAUCUGAGUCAUUGAAGAGAAAAGCCCAACAGGAUGCAGAAGAGUCAAAGAAGCAGGUUUUGGUCUUGUCAGAAAAGCUUGAGGAAUCAGAACAACAACUUAUGGAGAUUUCAGCUUCUGAGGAAGCACGGCUUCAAGAGCUACGCAAGAUUUCACAAGAUCGUGAUCGAGCAUGGCAAUCUGAACUAGAGGCAGUUCAGAAGCAGCAUUCAAUGGACUCAGCUGCUUAUCUUUCUGCCAUGAACGAAAUCCAGAAGCUCAAAGUUCAGCUGGAAAGAGUGUCAGAAUCUGAAGCCACUCACAUCAAUAAUGCAGAAUCAGCUCAUGCUGAGAUUCAGGAAUUGCAAAUGGAACUUUCGGAAACUCUUACCUUGGUGGAAAAGCUAAAAAAUGAGAUACGUGACUGCAAAGGAUCCGAGUCCCAGGCCUUGGAAGUAGUUGGCAAAACUCAACUGCAAUUGGAAACAGUGAAUAAGACUGUGGAAACACUCCAGUCAGAUGGAAUCAAAGCCAUGGAAGCCAACAAAUCAUUAGCUUGGGAGCUGGAGCAAUCGAGAGCACAAGUCAAAUUACUGGAAGAACUUGUGAGCAAACUCCAGGCUGAUCUGGCUGCUAGUGCUAACAGUAAUACAUUAGGUCCAGCCAAUGAAACUGGACUUGCACAGGCAAAUCAAGAAAACCAGGAAAUAAAACAGCUCAAAGCUGAGCUAAUGUCUACCGAAUCUGAGGUGGAACGAUUAAAAUCUGCACUAGAGGCAGCUGACACAAGGUACCAAGAAGAGUAUAUCCGGAGCACGCUGCAGAUUAGAAGCACUUACGAACAGAUGGAGCGUGCAAAAUCGGAGUGUAGCUUGAGGGAGGCUGAAUUAUGUGAGGAGUUGAAGAGAGCAAAAGCUGACAUUGAAGAACUGAGGGCUAGCCUGGCAGACAGAGAAUCUCGAUUGCAGAGUAUUUCAAAGGAGAAUGUGGAGCUUAGCUUAAGGAUGACGGAAAAUCAGACCACUGAAAGAGAAUCUCAACUUGAGAUGGAGUUGAAGAAACUGGGUGCUGAUGUAGUGGAGUUAAAGGCGAGUUUGUUGGACAGACAGACAGAAUUGCAAAAUGUAACCAGCGAAAACAACACACUCAAAAUGGAAAUUCAGAAAGGGGAAUUGGAGAACAACAAAAUAACUGAGGAGGCUGUAGCUUCAGCUGAAGCAGCAAGGGCUGGAGAGAGAGAAGCUUUGAUUAAACUGGGACACAUAACAGAAGAAGCUGAUAGGAGUAACCGGAGAGUAGCACUCGUGACCGAGCAGCUAGAUGCCGCACAGGCUGCAAAUUCAGAAUUGGAGGCUGAGUUAAGGAGAUUGAAAGUGCAAUCAGACCAGUGGAGAAAAGCAGCGGAAGCAGCAGCUUCUAUGCUUUCCGGAGGAAAUAAUGGAAAAUGUGUGGAGAGAACAAGUUCACUUGAUAAUAGCUUUAACUCCGUUGCUGGCAAGAUGAAUUCGCCCUAUUCAGAAGACACAGAUGAUGACUCCCCCAAGAAGAAAAAUACAAACAUGUUGAAGAAGAUUGGAGUGUUGUGGAAGAAGAAUCAUUAGCAGACACGUCUCAGGUACUUUGGUGUUUCAAUGACCAUUGGAGCUGUUCCAUGGGGGAAUCUUUGUCAAGAAAGGUUGUGUUGCAAUUAUUUUGUAGAUACUUGGAAUUUAGUUUGUCACCCUUCAGCUAUCUAGAUUUUGCAGAGUGGUUAUCGACUAUAGACCUAAAUAUAGUUGUAAUAUCCUUCAGUUCGUAUGUUUUCACUUUUCGAGUGAUCUUAUGCCUGCGAAAAUAUUGACAAGGAUGUCGGGAAAUCAAGUGCUUCACCACUUCCCUUGACCUUGAGUGGCAUGCCAGCAUUGAAUCAAUCAAUCGCCAGUUCUACUUUUGUUCAA